AUGGAGUUUGACGUUGCACACUCCCCCCAAACCCAGAUGGCGACUCCGAAAGUGCGCGCGGCGUGUGCGGCGAGUGUGGGCGUGCUCGCGCCCGAGUUGCCGUGCACGCUGGAUCUGGGGGCUGGGAAUCCGUUACCGACUGCGAGUGCGGACAGUAGUCCCACCUCCACCGCGACCACCGCGAUCUCGCCGCACAUCACAUCUCGACCGCUCGAAGACGGCAAGGACGCGCGGCCAAGUUCCGCCGGAUCCGCCGGAUCAACGGUCUCGGCGGUCUCGGCGGCAUCAGCGGGCUCGACAGCGGCAGGACCAGGAUCAAGUAAAGCAAAGGCGAAUGGAGGCAGCCCCAGUGGAGUUGGGGUGACGAAAGGUCUGAAGCGGGCGCGUAUGACGCUCAAGACGGCCACUGAGCUGAGCCAAAGCGAGAAGGAGGACCUGUUCUCCCUCUGGAAGGCGAACAUGGGCCACUACGCGCAUCUCGACUACACGGACGCGGGCAAGUGGGAGGAGAUGUACGACGCGGACGCGCGAUACUUGGUGCUCCGGCGGUCGACCUCCACUUCGCCUUCCAGCUCGCCCCUGUCUCGCACACUGAAGCUGGCCUCUGUCUCUAGCAGGAGCGGGGGGAAGGAGAAGGACAAGGAGAAGGACAAGGACAAGGAGAAUGGAGGUGGGGACGGGAAGGAGAAGGAGAGAAGAGACGAGGGAGCAGGCGAGGGCAGGAAGAGACGAAGAAUGCGACGCCGGUCCAAGGACCAGGAUCAUGGCGAGUUACUCGGCUUCGCCAGCUUUCGCUUCGAUACCGAGGAAACCAUGUCGCCCCAGGACGCAGAGGUCGUGUACUGCUACGAAUUGCAGCUCUCGCCGUGCGCGAGGGGGUUGGGGCUCGCGCGCCGGCUCAUGGGCGCGCUGGAGGGGAUUGGCCGCAGAAGGGGCAUGGCGAAGAGCAUGCUGACGUGUCUUGUCGCCAACACGUCCGCUCUCGGGUUCUACGAGCGCCAAGGGUAUACACCCGACGAGAUCGAUCCGACGCGCUGUGCUGAGAAAGAGGGCGAGGAGGCUGAGUACACGUACCGUAUCCUCAGCAAGGAGCUGUAG